GAAUAAAAUGAAAAUGGAAACUUUUUCAAAAUCGAAAUGAGUAUUAUACUGAUAUACAUGGAUAAAAUCUAUGAUUUACUAAUCAACAAUAGGUAGUCAUUAUAAAUAAGAAUCCAAAGAUUCAAUUCCAUAUUUUUAAGCGGGCAGUUUAAAUUUCUCUUGAAGAUUAAAGGGAAGCAAUUUAAUUGAUGAAAAAACUUUGGAUAGUGGAGAUUUAUUAUAGUUAUCUGAGUUAAAGGAAACUAUCAAAGAUUUAUUAAAAAUUUAAAUAAACUAUAAUCUUAGCAGAAUCAUUAUCAAAAUAAUAAGAUAAAGAUUUCUUAAAAUUUCUCAUCAAUAUCAUUCUUAAAUAAAAGAGUCAUAUAGUAACUUAAUCAGCUGUUAACUCUAGGAAAAUAGACAUUAGCUGAAAAGUUCUUACAAGAUAGUACUUGUUACUAGACAAUUUAAUUCCCAAAAGAAUUUUAAGUCAUGAAAAUAGAGCCAAUUAAAUCCUGAUGGCAAUAAAGAAUAAAUUAAAGAACUUGUUAAGAGUUUUACCUAAGAUAUUUAUUAUCUUGUAUAAGCCUUUAAAUAAUACAC